AUGCAGUCGGUAUCUCGUCUAUUGCUGCUUGCAGCGCUUGCCCUGCCUUCUAUCGCUGUGGACUCCACUGUCGAUCUCGGAUACAGCAAGUACAAGGGCAAAGAUCUUGGGAAUGGUGUUUCGGAAUGGCUCGGUGUACGAUACGGUGCUGCACCAGUCAAAGAUUUACGAUGGACACUGCCUCAAGAUCCUAGCCGCGUAAGGGCAGUACAAGAUGCUACCAAGCGCAAGCCUGUUUGCAUCGGAACGAGCAGUGACCCAAGCGUCAUCGGUAAUACCGAAGACGAGGAUUGCCUGUUCCUCAACAUCUGGGCCCCAACACACGCCUCAAGCAAAAGCAAACUUCCAGUUUACUUCUACAUCCAGGGUGGUGGUUUCAACACUAAUGCCAACCCCAAUGUCAACGGAACGGCUCUCGUCAAGGCCGGUGAUUUGGAUAUGAUUGUCAUCAGCAUCCACUAUCGCGUUGGUGUCUACGGAUUCCUCAACGACGGCGCUGACAUCAAGCCUAAUCUCGGCCUCCAUGACCAGCGAAAAGCUCUCAAAUGGGUUCAGAAGUACAUUGCCAAGUUCGGAGGUAAUCCGGACCAUGUGGUCAUUGGAGGCGACUCUGCUGGUGCUGCAAGCGUCAGUCUUCACUUGAGUGCAUAUGGCGGUAAGGAUGAAGGACUCUUCCAUGGCGCUGCCGCAGAGUCCAUCUCUUUUGGCACACUCUUAACGCCCAAGGAGUCAUCCUACCAAUACCAAAAUCUGGCUAUUCGUCUUGGCUGUGCUGGUCCCAAGAAGGAUGUUCUACGGUGCAUUCGCUCCAAGUCGCCCCAAGAGAUACAGAAAGUCAACAAGGCCAUCCCAUUCGAGGGUAGCUCUAAAGCUCCUCUUUACAUGUGGACUGUUUCUCUCGACAAUGACUUGAUUCCUGACCUAACAUAUAAGCUUUUCGAGCAAGGAAAGUUCAUCAAAGUCCCUCUUAUCACAGGUGAUGACACAAAUGGUGGAACUCCCUUCGCACCCCGGGACGCAGCCAGCAUCGGCGACAGUGACGAGUUCCUCAAGGCCCAAUUUCCUUUCUUGACACUGGAGCAGCUCGGAAAGAUCAAUGAUCUCUACCCCAACAAGAACGACACCUGCCCAAAUGCCGGAUGUUAUUGGCGACAGGCCAGCACAGCAUAUGGAGACAUGCGAUACAUGUGCCCUGGUCUCUACAUCUCCAACGCUCUGACCAAGUACGGUGUUUCUAAAUCUUGGAACUACUGGUAUGACGUCGAGGAUCCUAGUGAAAUGGCGCAGGGUCUUGGUGUCCCCCACGUGGCCGAGCUGAAUGCAAUCUUUGGACCUGGAUCCGGUAACAACAACCCCCCAGCAAGUUAUUUUCCAGGUGAGAAGAAUGGACCUGUUAUCCCAGUUGUCCAGGGUUACUGGUCAAGCUUUAUUCGAUCUUUGGACCCGAACACUCACCGGCAUGAGGGUUCUGUCAAGUGGGAGACAUGGACUGAGAAGGGAAAGGAGCGCAUUGUUUUUGAGACAGGCGGCAGCACAAGGAUGGAGAAGACUGGUAAGGAAUUGCAGAAACAGUGUAAAUAUCUAUCUUCUAUCGGCGCGGACAUUCGUCAAUGA